AUGAUCGACGCUGGUGAUGAUAGUGAAUAUUCGUCAGCUAGUGAAACAUUAAAUGAUGAUAGCUAUGUUCCCCAAACAGCGGCCAAAAUUCGACAUACAAUAUCGUUAAAUAAGGAAAAAGUAGCACCAUUGGCUACGAAGUGGACUUUUUGGCUCGAUUCACAAAAGUCGAAAAAUGCAACGAAACAAGACUAUGAAGCCGGUCUUCAAGUUAUAUUUUCGGUCGAGACAGUACAAGAAUUUUGGGGUGUAUUCAAGAAUAUUCCAACACCAAGUCGAUUAUCGAAUCGGGUUAGUUAUCACUUAAUGCGGCAAAGCCGAAAACCGCUUUGGGAAGACAGUGAAAACGAAAAUGGUGGUAUUUACACAUAUCGUUGUCCGAAAGAUAAGACGAAUACUGUUUGGGAAGAACUCUGUUUAGCUGCGAUUGGUGAACAGUUUUCAUUCAACGAUAGUGAUGACAUUGUUGGCAUCAGUGUUCAAUCGCGUGAUGGUCCUCAAGAUAUAGUUCAAAUAUGGAAUUCGAAUCCGAGUGAACAAGCUCAAAAAGCGAUCGAUGAUAAAGUUCGUAGUCUUUUCCCUGAGACAAAUUUUGCGGUGAAGUUUUAUAAACCGAACUCAUCACAUGCAAAUUUCGACGCUGGAAAUCAACCAAAAUCAAAAUAUUCAUCUUAA